UGCGUCCGUGGCGCAGUCAUCCAAGCAGCCGCACCGAGCAAGCGCAGCCGUAAAAUACCUCCUGUCUGUCCUUCACUUCCGUCUCUCUCUGCGGCAACAUGAACUCCCACUGCAAUGGAAAAGUCAGCGACUCCGUGGAGGACUUCCACCUCAACAACGGCUUCAGCGACCUCAUCAUAGACACCAAGAAGUCCGCCGUCGUCGCGCACCGCAAGCACGAGACGUCCCGCAAAGAGUCCGAAGACGAGUCCCGCUUGCCUCUGCUGGAGGCCGCCUACACCAGCAUCCUUCGGCACCUCGGGGAAGACACGGACCGGGAGGGGCUGCUGCGCACGCCGCUGCGCGCCGCCAAAGCUAUCCAGUUCUUCACCAAGGGCUACCAUGAGACCAUUGACGACAUCCUAAACAAUGCCAUAUUUGAUGAAGAUCACGAGGAGAUGGUGAUUGUGAAGGACAUUGAUGUGUUUUCUCUGUGUGAACAUCACCUGGUGCCUUUUUUUGGAAAGGUUCACAUUGGAUAUAUUCCCAACAAAAAAGUGGUGGGACUGAGCAAACUAGCAAGGAUUGCAGAGAUCUUCAGUCGGAGGCUUCAAGUUCAAGAGCGUCUGACCAAGCAGAUUGCCAUGGCGAUUUGUGAGGCUCUGCAGCCAAAGGGCGUAGCUGUGGUAAUAGAAGCAGCGCACAUGUGCAUGGUGAUGCGUGGCGUCCAGAAGAUGAACAGCCGCACGGUGACCAGCACCAUGCUGGGAAUUUACCUGGAGGACCCCAAAACCCGGGAGGAGUUCCUGACUCUCGCGAUGCGCACCUAACAAACCACAAGCACUAUUCCAACACUAAUCCCUGCUUGCAGAAUUGUUCGGAAAGAUAUUAAGCGUGGCUUUUUAAAAAACAACAGCACAGUGUUCAGAAAUUUGCUGCAAGAAUUCCAACUCUUAAGGAACAAGAUCCAAAAGAGCGACGCUUGAAAGAUUACAGUCCUGCAGCAGUGGAGAUCUCAGUGAACACAAAGAAUCAUGGUGCCUUUUAUUGUAGAUAUAUUAGUUUAAAAAAAAACAGUUUUAUUAUAAAAUAUAGUAAAAGCUGAGUGCAAUAAUAUAAUGUGAAAAUCCUUUCAGAUGGAAAUUUCAUUGGUGCUUUUCCAAACUGUUCCAUUCUGUGUUAUCGGGUUGAGAAUCCACUGGUUUCAAGGUUUCACUGAUGUGUGUGCCAUUUAUAUACAUUUUUUAAACCUUUGUAUUCUAUGACAUUUUAUGGUACAACUGAAUUUAUAUCUGUAGUCCAACAAAUAAAGCAAAUGAAUGUAGAUUUCAGAUCUAUGAUGGUGAUUUCCUGAAGAGUCCUAAAUAAAAACAACAGAAACAGAAAAAA